AUGGAGGUGAAGAGCUUCACAGUUUGGGAUUAUGUUGUAUUUGCAGCUCUCUUUGUCAUUUCCUCUGGAAUUGGGGUGUUCUUUGCUAUUAAGGAGAGGAAAAAGGCAACUUCAAGGGAGUUCCUGGUCGGGGGAAGGCAAAUGAGCUUUGGCCCUGUAGCGUUGUCUCUCACAGCCAGCUUCAUGUCAGCUGUCACUGUCCUGGGGGCCCCCUCCGAGGUGUACCGCUUUGGGGCGUCCUUCGUGCUCUUCUUUAUCGCGUAUGCACUUGUCAUCAUCCUCACGUCAGAACUCUUUGUCCCCGUGUUCUACAGAUCUGGCAUCACCAGCACUUACGAGGUAAGACAACUCUUCUCUUUUUCUUCACUUUGGAAAGAGUUGCUAUUUUCUCUCCACUUGGACAUUUUUUCCCCCUCUCUCUAAUAAUAUACAUUAAUUGGAGGACUUGCAGCCUUCCUUUCUGAGAACUCACAUCUAUUCUCUCCAUUUCAGGGAGGAUUAAAAGCAGUUGUGUGGACAGAUACAUUUCAGAUGGUUGUCAUGAUUGUGGGAUUUUUAACGGUUCUCAUUCAAGGAUCAGCUCAUGCUGGAGGAUUACACAAUGUCAUAGAACAAUCAACAAAUGGAUCUCGACUAAAUAUAUUUGACUUUGAUGUAGAUCCUCUCAGGCGGCACACUUUUUGGACAAUCUCGGUGGGAGGAACUUUUACAUGGCUCGGGAUCUAUGGAGUUAAUCAGUCCACCAUACAGCGAUGCAUCUCUUGCAAAACAGAAAAACAUGCAAAACUAGCCUUGUAUUUUAACUUGUUGGGUCUCUGGAUCAUUCUGGUGUGUGCUGUCUUCUCUGGCUUAAUCAUGUACUCCCACUUCAGAGAUUGUGACCCUUGGACUUCUGGCAUUAUCUCAGCACCAGACCAGCUGAUGCCAUACUUCGUCAUGGAGAUAUUUUCCACGAUGCCAGGACUGCCUGGACUCUUCGUGGCUUGUGCCUUCAGCGGAACUCUGAGGUUAGUAUAUCGACAACUCUCCGCUCUGACGACGUGGAGGUUGAUGACAGUGGUGAUGGCAAAGCUGGUAGGCAGAGUUCUCCUUAUUCAUGAAGCGGUUCAGAAUCAGGGUCUCUUGUUUGGCGUGCUGUGUACCUCCAUGGCUGUGGCUGCAUCCCUCAUGGGAGGCGUCGUGCAGGUAAUGAAAGAGAAAAAAGACACCUUUGAUUUCAGAGCAGCUCUUUACCCACUUUCUUUGCUAAUGCUUUGCCUGUUCCUCCAAGCACCAUAUGCUGAGACUCCCAGAUACCGGGUCCGAAUUAAACAUACAUGUAAAGUUUCAACUGAAAUUACUUUCAGAAGGAAAAACUAUUAA